UGUGACGUCACCGCCUGCUACAACGUUCAAAACGUCUGAAUUGCUGCUUGCUUCGACAAAGCUUCCAUCAGUUAUGGAAACGCCGAACUCAAACGACUGUGACCCUCUCCUUGAGAAGAAAAGCGACGUUUCUCAUUAUUUUGAGUCGGUCAUCCGGCCAUGUUUAGCUGAAUUUCUUGGAGUGUGUCUCUUUGUGUUUAUCGGGUGUUUGUCGACACAGGAUGCUCUGACAGUCCAAUCUCAAGUUCCUUCAGCAGCUGCAGUAGCUCUAGCUCACGGACUAACAUCAACUGUUCUAAUCAUGGGAUUUGGAAGCAUAAGUGGAGGCCAUUUUAAUCCAGCUAUUACUGUGGGUGUGACUCUAGCCGGUGGCAUGUCCCUCCUUGCACUCGGUUAUGUCAUCGCCCAGAUCCUUGGUGGCAUAUGUGGUGCAGGUUUUUGCAAAGCAGUUCUCCUUGACAGUGCCUACGAAAUAAUUUACGGCGGAGCGCAUCUUCUGACCAAAGUGGAUCCAGGACGGGGAAUUCUCUGUGAAACACUUAUCACUGUCUUGCUAGUUCUGACAGUCAUUCUAGUUACUGUUGACGAAUCUACGAAGACCAAGUUCGCCCCACUAGCCAUCGGAUUUGCUGUUUCGGUUGGCAUCCUGGGAGCUUUCAACACUACAGGUGGAUCUAUGAACCCAGCAAGGAGUUUUGGACCUGCCGUUCUACUGAGUGUGUCUUCCAGCCUCAAUGCCUUCAGGUCACAUUACGUAUACUGGGUUGGACCUUUCAUUGGAUCCCUUCUGGCAGGCUUUUUCUACAGAAUGUUCUUCGCCUCAGGAUCCAAACGCCUGAUAUUGCGGAAGCAAUGAUAAAAGAGACUUUGAACUUAACAGGUGAUGCAUACUCAUAUUGUAUUUAUGAAUGACUGCUGCCAGAUGGUUUGUUUGAACUGUUCGCAUGUAAUGUUAGGUAUAAAAAUACUGAGGAACAAUCA